AUGCAGAACGUUUACAAGAACAAGGGCAAGCCCACUCACUGCGACGACCACAGAGGCAUCCUCCUCGCCGACACCUGCUCGAAGGGACUGACCUCCAUCAUCAAAGAGUCCAUCGAUCUAGCGUGCGCUGCGCACAUCCCGCGAUCCCAGUACGGCGCCGUGGCCAAACGCGGCGCGGACUACGCUUCGAUGGUCGUUCGCCUGUUCAUCUCGUUCGCCACGGCGUCCAAGAAGUCAAUUUUCGUGCUGUUCCUUGAUCUUGUCAAGGCUUUCGACAAAGCCAUACGGGAGAUUGUUUUUGGUUUCGGCCCGAUGCCCCCCGAGGAUCCGGCCGCUGCGUUCGAGGCUCUGGGCGUGUCGCGACCCGCUGCCGCCUGGAUCGCCAGCUACCUCCAGACACAUGGCCCAGUGUUGCUCGGCUGGGGCGUCAACGAGAAAGCGGUGGAAAUGGCUCAGGCGUUACACGCUGGAGCUUGGUUCGCCGUCGGCGCCGAUGGGGACCCCGUAGCGAGUGCGACAGGUGGGCGUCAAGGCUGCAAGCUGGGGGCCACGACCUUCAAUAGCCACUACUCCGUUGCCCUUUCUUUGUUGCACCACGUCUGCGAGGAAAAAGGCAUAUCCCUUCGUCUUCGCGUUCCCGACGCUGCCUUCUGGGCUGACCCAGACCCCGCGAACGAGAGCGCGGUGCCGACAUUGGACGCCACAUUUGUGGACGACGAGGCUAUCGUCCUCGUGGCGGACACGCCCAAGCAGCUGGAUGUGUUGAUCGAGAUCUUCGACAAUCUGCACCUGGAGCUCAAGUGGAAGCCAGGCAAAAGCGAGUGCCUCUUGAAAUGCCGUGGUCCUGGUGCUGCUGCUCACCUUCACCGUCGUCGCCAGUCUGACGGUCAACUUGCCAUUCGUGUUCCUCGCCGGGACGACGUCUGGCUGUCCGUCGUGCAGGAGUACAAGCACCUUGGCUAUUUCGUAUGCGUCAUGGGUAACGGGGACACGUUUGCUAAUACCAGGCAUCGCGUUUCUUCUGCACUGGCGGCGUACGCCCCCUUGGCGUGCAAGACUUUCGGCUCCGACCUCUUGAGCGUCCAGCACCGUUUGGCCUUUCUUCGAUCGGCUUUGUUCGCCGGGCACACCCUCGUUCCGACGGGGCGCGACCUGAAGGCCAUGAGCGGCUGCUAUAUGCGAGGUCUGCGGCGCAUAGCCAGCGUCCCCCGUUUCAGUCCAGAGAACAGCACCACCGACAGGCAAAUCAGGGACACGCUGCAACAGCCCAGCCUCGACUGCCUCCUCGCGCGCGCCCGGCUUGCUUUCGCUGCGCGGGUGUGCCGCGAUCGUCCGGCUGAGCUUUUAGCUCUACUUCAUCUUCGUGCCGGUUGUGAUUCCAGCCGCUUGCCAUGGGUCACCCAGCUGGCCAGUGAUGUCGAUGUACUUUUGAACUUCCUUGCGAUUAGCCAAUGGCCUUCCCUAUUCGCCGGCCCCGCAGUUCUGGCACGACAAAAUGUCGCAGCCUUGUGA